CAAGUCUGUUGCACGCGCGCAAUACGCAAGAACUCUUUGCGAUUAUUACACCCAAGCCAGCAGCCAAACAGAAAUGGGUCGCAUUAAGAAGAAAGGCACAUCCGGUGCUGCCAAAAACUACAUUACUCGUACGCGCGCAGUGAAGAAACUUCAGAUAUCCCUCCCCGAUUUCCGACGUCUUUGUAUCUUUAAAGGAAUCUAUCCUCGAGAACCACGAAACAAAAAGAAGGUUUCCAAGGGAUCCACUGCCGCGACCACUUUUUACUACACGAAAGAUAUCCAGUACCUCCUCCAUGAACCCCUGUUGAACAAGUUCCGUGAGCACAAGGCGGUUGCGAAGAAGAUUGGGCGUGCGUUGGGCCGUGGCGAAGUUGGAGAUGCAAAGCGUCUCGAGAAAACCCAUAUUCCAAAGGUCAAGCUAGACCAUAUCAUCAAGGAGCGUUACCCAACCUUCAUUGACGCCCUCCGCGACCUCGACGAUGCAUUGUCCAUGUUGUUCCUGUUCGCGAACCUACCCUCCUCCGAGUACGUCCCCGCAAAGACCAUUGCAUUGUGCCAGCGACUAUGCCUCGAAUUCGAACACUACGUAAUUGCUUCGCAUGCGCUCCGAAAAUCCUUCCUUUCCAUCAAGGGUAUCUAUUACCAGGCGACGAUUCAGGGACAGGACAUUCUUUGGCUUGUGCCUUAUCGUUUCGUACAGCGGACGGGAGGGGAUAUCGAUUUCAGAAUCAUGGGCACAUUUGUCGAAUUUUACACAACUCUUUUGGGUUUCGUAAACUUCCGCCUAUACGCUUCGGUCGGGCUGGUAUAUCCGCCAAAAUUUGAUGCCAAGAGCGACGAACAAGGUGGCGAGCUUGGUGCUUUCCAAAUCGAAGGCAGGCGGAUCACCCAAGGUGAUGAGUCGAGUGCCGAGGAUAUCGAGCCUCAAGCCAUCACCUCUGCGGAGGCUCAGGCCGAGGUCGAGAAGAUUGUAGCUUUGGCUGCAUCUACCGAGCAAGAGCAACAGGAGACCCUGGCCGAUGCCGUCAGAACAGAAGAUAGCAACAAUGACUCGAUCGAUACCUUCGAACCCACGGCCGCCGACGCGGACGUUCUGCCACAACCCGAGGCGAGCAGCGCCGAAGCAGCAGCUCUCUUUGCACCCUUCACCUUCUACCUCUCUCGCGAAACACCGAGAGCCCCACUUGAGUUCAUCCUGAAGGCUUUCGGAUCAAAACGUGUUGGCUGGGAUGGCAGCCUGGGCGAUGGAGCUUUCACCACAGAUGAGUCAAACCCAGCCAUAACGCACCAAAUCGUCGAUCGUCCGGUUGUAGCGAAUGGUUCUUUGCCAGAACCUUAUGUUCCAGAGACUGAUAACGGUGGCGCAACUGUUACCAAAGCGCAAUGGCCUAGAUCAACUAUGCCUGGACGCACAUAUGUGCAACCUCAAUGGGUCUGGGACUGCGUCAACCAAGGGAAGCUCUUGCGCCCUGACCUCUACGCUCCUGGAGCGGAACUGCCUCCCCACCUGAGUCCUUGGGUCAAGGCCAAGAAGGGCGAGUAUGACCCUACCAUUCCUUUGGAACAACAGGAAUUGGAAGGAGAGGCAGAAGCUUUCGAGGACGAAGAGGACGAGGCGGACGAUGACGAGGAAAUGAACGAGGCAGAGCAGCUUAUCACCAAUGGCAAGAAGAAUGGGCUCGAGGCCAUUAUCGAUCGCGAGGAUUCUGUAGAAGUAGGCGAAGGUAUGGAUGUCGGUGGAUCAGAGUCUGACUCGGACGAGGCGGAUGAGGACGAAGUUACAAGUGCUAGAGACUUUGAAGGCUUUGAGUCGGAUGCUGAGUCUGAUGUUUCGGAUGGCGAACUCGCUCGCCGACAGCAUCAACGAGAGCUUGAGGCUGAGGCUGCCGGCGAAUCAGUCGAGCCAGUAGUCAAAUCGCAGAAGGUGAAGAACGCCGAGAUUAGGAAGAAGGCGGAUAAGAAGAGGAAGGAUGAAGCCGAGGAGAAGGAGCGCCAGAAGAUGAUGUUGUCUCGCCGCAAGCGAAAGUUGAUGAAGAGGAUUGAAUAUGGCGAGGAUAAGAGGGACAAGGAAGCCGAGGGACUCAGGAAGAAGCGGAGGAAGCUUGAGAAGGCUAAAACCGCUGCCGACGCUGCUUGAGAGGAAGGGAAAAAGCUACAAGGUCACGGCGUUCAGGUUUGGCGUUUUUGGAGCAUAUCCUCACGUUCUUACGAUCACAGGCAAUUGUACAAGAUACUUUCUUCAGUUCCUGUCCCGUCUCUUUCCAACUCUAUUUCUGACUCUAUUUCUGACUUUGUCUUUCUCUAUUCUUGUGAAACUGACCAUUAAUUGGCUCAUCACCUACCAAAUCGUACAUUAGGUAUCACCUUUUAUGUUCGUCAUAGACCAUUCAGCCAGUGGUUUCGCGUUCGCGCACGGGCCACACUUACCCGCUGAAUUUCCCGUUGAAUCAGAAUUCUUUGAUGCAAGAAGUUGAAGAGAAUCCUCUCAUAUUACAGUGCUUACGAAGGGUUAAU